AUGACUGUUCAAACUGAAUCAUGGCAAGAAAUUGCCCAAAAGAAAAGAGAAGCUGUCUUCGCCAAAAUCCCUAAAGAAUGGAUUAUUGAAGUUCCAUCAAUUGAAAAAGUUUCAAACACAAGAGACUACUUGGACACAAUCUUACCAAAAGAGGAAGUUGCGAUAACUGAUCAAUCCUUAUUGCAAUUGAGUGAAAAGAUUCAAAAAGGUGAAUUAACUUCAUUAGAGAUAACCACAGCUUUUUGUCAUCGUGCUGCUUUAACUCAUCAAAUAAUCAAUUCUUGUUCUGAAAUUUUCUUUGAAAGAGCUUUCCAAAGAGCUAAAGAAUUGGAUGAAAUUUUCAAAACUACUGGAAAGACAAUUGGACCAUUGCAUGGAAUCCCAAUCAGUUUGAAAGAUCAAGUUAAUUUAGAAGGUUUAGAUUCUGGUAUUGGACUCAUUUCAAAAUUAAAUAAACCGAAAACAAAAGAUGAUGAAUCAAUAAUUGCAAAGAUUCUUUAUGACGCUGGUGCUGUGUUUUAUGUCAAGACAACUACACCAAUGGCAAUGAUGGCUCCUGAUACAAACUCAAACAUUUAUGGACAAACCGUUAAUGCAUUAAACAGAUUAUUAUCAGCUGGUGGUUCAAGUGGCGGUGAAAGCUCUUUGAUCGGUGCUAAAGGUGGGUUGAUUGGGUUAUCUACUGAUAUUGGUGGUAGUAUUCGUAUCCCAGCUGCUUUCCAAGGUUUAUUUGCGCUAAGACCAUGUUCUGGUAGAUUACCAUAUGCCAAAGUGACAAAUUCAAUGGCGUUCCAACCUAUCGUUCCUUCAGUUAUUGGUCCUUCUGCGAGAUAUCUUGACGAUUUGAAAUUUUUCGUCAAGACAAUCAUUGAUGCUAAACCUUGGUUAUAUGAUCCAAAGACACCACCAAUCCCAUGGAGAGAAUAUGAAGUUCCUGAGAAAUUAACUUUUGGUAUUAUCAAGAAUAACGGUAUGAUUACUCCACAUCCACCAGUGGCUAGGGCUAUGGAAUUGAUCAAAUCUAAAUUGGAGUCAUUAGGUCAUGAAGUUGUUGAAUGGGAACAUCCAAUACCAAAUUCUGAAAUGGUCAAGAACUUAAACCAAAUCUUUACAGCUGAUGGUUAUAAAGAAAUUAAAGAAGCUUGUGACGAAAGUGGCGAACCUAUCAUUAAACAAUUAAUGGAAAGAAGAGCAGCCGGUAGAGAAUUGUCAGUAUCUGAACAUUGGGCACAAGCUCAAAAAAAAUAUGAAUCACAAUUGAUUUAUGAUAAAUAUUGGUUAGAUACCGCUUCUAAAACAAGUACAGGUCGUCCAAUUGAUGCUUGGAUUUCACCAUUGUGGGAAUCAACUUCAUAUCCAGCUGGUGAAACGAAAUCUUAUCAUUGUUCAUAUACUUAUCCUGUCAAUUAUAUGGAUUUAAGUUCAAUGGUUGUUCCAAUCACAUCUGUUGAUAAAUCAAUUGAUAAACCAUAUGAUAACUUCACCCCAAUCAGUGAAAACGAUUCAUUGGCUCAAGGUGUUUAUGAUGCUGAUUUAUUCGAUGGUAUGCCUGUUUGUGUCCAAGUUGUUACUCCUAGAUAUGAAGAAGAAAGAGCCAUAUCAUUAGCUGGUGUUGUUUACGAUGCAACUCAUUGA